AUGACAUAUCAUGACGUUCCGGUAGGAUAUAUUCCUCCUCCAUUUCCCUCGCUUUACUGGCCUCUUGGUCCAUCCAAGAUUAUGUAUAAAAAGUCGUUUCUAUACUAUUCCAAGGACGUCUGGAGAUUUACUGUUUGUUGGUGUAUCAUCAUGAUCGUGGCGUUUUACACUUCAGCUGCUGCUAUUGUCAUUCUUACCCACUAUAGGGGUACAAACUAUGGCAUUAAUAUCAAAGGUACUACAUGGCUCGAUGAAAGCCGAGAUACGAACAAUGCAGGGGUACCGGAUUUAACAAGGCGUAAGAAACAGAGUCUUAUAUCCAGUAUGGUCAAGAGCAACAAAAAGUUUCUUUUGCUAGUUGUUCUUGUCUAUUUGGUUAUCGCUGCCUUUGAAGGCUUUGUGGCGGGAUCGUUAAUAGGCGUUUUGAUUAACGCCAUAUACCAAAGUGGACAAGUUAAGAUGACUACAUGGUUACCCUUUGUCUAUUCCCUUGUUGUGGUGCUCUUCAAUAUCACAUCAUCUUAUUCCCUGACAAGCACAUUGAUGUGA